AAAAAAAAAUCGUACAUUAAUUUGGGCUAGAAUAAAUUAGGUCAAGUAAAAAUACCCAAAUGUUAAUCGGUUAGGGCUUAAAUGGAAUGGAAUAAUAUAAUUUCCUCACACCUCCCCUCUCCAGUCGCCUGCCUACACCGCCUCACUUGCUUCCGGCGUCUUUCCCCCUCCUCCCUUGUGGUGUAGCAACAGAAGCGAUUCUGCACUCUUCUCCUCCCUCCUGGUUUCACCUGACACCAGCAGCCAAGAGCUGCCUCUUGUACUCAGCCACUACGCACGCCACUUCUUCACCAUUGUUAUGAAUCCGCCCAUGAAGCAGAAGUAGUGCCACCCCAAAAAUAUUCAGUUUGCUCGAUACCCUACUCCUUUUGUCGAUUUCAAUCUACCAUUACCCUGUUUUCAAUAUCCUGAAGAACUGUGUGUCUGUUCUGAAUCUCUGAAUCGAAUAUGAGGCCAAUUUUAAUGAAGGGCCAUGAAAGGCCUUUAACCUUUUUGAAGUACAACAGAGAUGGUGAUCUUCUCUUUUCAUGUGCUAAAGACCAUAAUCCUACGGUUUGGUUUGCUGAUAAUGGUGAACGUCUUGGAACUUAUCGUGGUCACAACGGUGCUGUUUGGUCCUGCGACAUCUCCUGGGAUUCUUCUCGCCUUCUCACUGGUAGUGCCGAUCAGACAGCAAAGCUUUGGGAUGUCAAAAGAGGAGAGCUAUUGUAUACCUUCACCUUUGACUCUCCUGCUAGGUCUGUUGACUUUUCAACAGGUGAUAAACUUGCUGUUAUGACUACUGAUCCAUUCAUGACAAAGACAGCAGCAAUUCAUGUGAAAUACAUUGCAGAAGACGUUGAAGAACAAACCAAUGAAUCUGUUCUUGUGAUGAGGGGGCCAACUGGACGAAUAAACAGAGCUGUAUGGGGCCCUCUUAACAAGACAAUAAUCAGUUGUGGUGAGGAUGCUAUUAUUCGUUCAUGGGACCCUGUGACAGGCCAGGAGGUAAUGUCUACAAAAGACAAUGAAAAUGGUCACAAGAAGACAAUUACGUCCCUUUGUCUCUCUGCAGAUAAGUCACAUUUCCUCACUGGUUCGCUGGAUAAAUCAGCUAAGCUCUGGGACACAAGAACUUUAACCCUCAUUAAGACCUAUGCUACGGAGCAGCCGGUGAAUGCUGUUACCAUGUCUCCCCUCCUAGACCAUGUUGUGCUUGGAGGUGGUCAGGACGCAUCCGCAGUGACAACUACAGAUCAUCGUGCUGGAAAGUUUGAGGCGAAAUUCUAUGAUAAGAUACUCAUGGAAGAAAUCGGAGGCGUUAAGGGGCAUUUCGGACCUAUUAAUGCUUUGGCGUUUAAUCCUGACGGAAGAAGUUUUGCGAGUGGAGGUGAAGAUGGUUAUGUGAGGUUACACCACUUUGAUCCGGAUUAUUUCAAUAUCAAGAUCUAAUCAAUUUUUGAUUGCGUUUUGUAUUUUUUUUUUGUCUUGAAAGCUACUUAUUAACUAUAGGAUAAUGAUACGAUUCAUCUUUGAUGUAUUGUUAUUACUUCAAAUGCACUUGUGAUCACUCAUUUUUGCUAAUCUUAAUCCCUCCAUUUCAAUAUUUAU